UUUGUGCCUUUUGAAACGACUCUUCCUAGGAAACCUUGCCCGGCUGCUGAUAAACGUAUGUGUUCGGAUAUCGCCUGCGCUCCUUUUUUUGGUCCUGGCCCUACUUUCAUAUCGGCCAACCAGCCCAAACAGAACCCGGUGCUCAAUGAUACCUAAGUGGAUAUGUGCUCUAUGCCAGAACAAAAUCAGCGUCAGCUCGGAACUGGCAAAGGAUCCAGAAGCAACUCCUCGCGAUGUAGUUGCUAGGUUCCUUGAAAGGGCGGACGGCCAGUCCCCCGGGGAGCCUAGGUCCGAAAAACUACCUGUUCCAGACUCUAAAGACUUAGAAGUUGCGUUUCAAUGCGGGAAAUGGGGCUCUCAGCGCCCAAGUGACCUUUUCCUUAAAAUAUACCAAGAUGCUUUGUGCUCCCUUGCAAAAGACCUAAUGUCUGGUCUCGUAUCUCCGUCGCUGAUGGGCAGCUGCGGCGUCGUGCCCAUGACUAUUAUCGGACCAUUGCCCGAUAUUUGCCGUCAUAUGUCCAAUUGCAUUGUGCGUGCUGAAAAAGAAGUCAUUCUGAUGACCAGUUAUUGGAUAUAUUCAGACAAUUCGCGAUUCCUGACCAAUGCAAUGAGGGAGUUGUCUCAUCGUGCUGGUCUACGAGGGACGAAGGUGGUGAUCAAGAUGAUGUAUGAUCGUGGCAACUUGAAGCAGUUUUUGAACAAUCGUCAACCGGUUUGCGCGAAGCAGGUUGUGAGCUCCAAAAUACAGCUUCCUGGACCGCAAGAGAUUCCGAACAUUGAUCUUCAAGUUCUAAAUUACCACCGUCCUGUCGCCGGCACUCUGCACUCCAAAUUUAUGAUUGUUGACAGAAAGGUCGCCCUUCUUGAGAGCAACAAUAUUCAAGAUAACGAUAAUCUUGAAAUGAUGGUCCGCUUCGAGGGCCCGAUCGUUGACUCGUUUUACGAUAUGGCUCUCAUUUCGUGGAGUGUUGCUCUGAAUCCUCCUUUGCCCCUUAUUGAUACUCCAGCUGCAUCUAUGGCACCUCCGAGUUAUCCAUUUCUCUUUACAAAUCACGGCCGAAAUGAUAGUGUAUGGAGUAGCCAAGGAGAUCCCGCCACAAUUUAUGCGGAAAAGCCUGAAGACAAGCUUCUACCCGAACACACCCCCGAUGAGCCGCAUUACGAUACAGAUAUUGUUGCUGAGACUGCCAGGAUAACAGCAUCACUCACACCACGCCCAGAGGAAACUAGGCGAGAUUGCGUGACUCGACAUCUGAAUAUUGUUUCGAGACCAGGCAUUACUGGUGACGCCCCUGAAUGGGAUGAAGAGGAUCAAAUGACACCAUACAUAUUACAUCCGCCUCAUGAACCGUUCCCAAUGGCCAUGGUGAACCGGGAACCUUGGGGAGCAUUGAAUCAUUCUAGUAUAUACACUCCCCAGAAUGCUGCUUUCCUAGCCGCAAUCGGAAAUGCCGAGCAUUCCGUUUUCAUCCAGACCCCAAACCUCAAUGCGGAGCGUUUGCUUGCACCACUUCUCGAUGCAGUCCGGCGCGGCGUCAUAGUAACGUGCUUCCUUUGUUUGGGAUACAACGAUGCAGGUCAAUUGCUCCCCUUCCAAAAUGGAAUCAAUGAAAUGACGUGCAAUCGUCUUUAUAAUUCACUAUCCACAAACGAGGAUAAAUCUAGACUACGUAUCUAUAAUUAUGUAGGCAAAGACCAGACCAGGCCUAUCCACAACAAGUUCAAGAAGCGGAGCUGCCAUAUCAAGCUUAUGAUCAUUGAUGAAAAAGUUGCUAUUCAAGGCAGCGCAAAUCUCGACACGCAAUCAUUCUUCCACAGCCAAGAAACCAACGUCCUUCUUGACUCUCCUCUGAUCUGCCGGUCCUGGCUGGAUGCCCUGUGCAGAAAUCAAAACACUGCGACUUAUGGAGCCGUGAGCAAGGUAGAUGGAUGCUGGCAUGACCCAGAAACCGGAGAGAUAGCGGUUGGCUCGAUCGGGACCGAUCCCGGGAGGUUUAGCUGGAUGAGAGGGAUCGUGGGGGCGAUCAAGAGGGUCAGGGGUGUUGGUGGGUUUUGAGGAAACCCAGGAACAUUGUCAGAGAAGCCAGCAUAUAGUGGUAGUGGCUGUCAUUUAGCUUUCUAAUUUCCUUUGCUGUGGGGUCCAUUGUAUUGAUAUAUUGCUCUUGGACCUGUUUUGUGUUGACAAGGUUGGAUUCUUGGAGAUGUUAAUGUUGGCAUACAGCAUUUGGAAACAGUCAUUGCCAGAUGCUGAUCAAGUUUGUUCGUCCAUGCUCCCUUUAUUAGAGUUGGGUAGUGAUGAUGUAAAUACAAAAGCUUAGCGGGAUUAUAUACUGAACAUAAUGUUUAUCAGCGCUCAGAACAGAUGAGUACUUUCAAGCAAAGGAGAAACAUUCAAAGGAGAGACAGAGCAGCAGAAACGACUUAGAUUCUCCAUUUUCCAAACAAUCCAUGGGAUAACACCGAGAGAAAGCUAAAACCCACAAAUACACGCAAGACAAGAGGCAUGAGAUGAGGUAGGACAAUUAAAAUAAAGGGGAAUUAGAUGGGAGUCCACAAAAGUAUGUUGUAGGAAAGUAUUAUUAAGACACGUGUAUAUUACCAAAUUCAUGGCAUGUCAGUUCAUCUUUUGGUUUUUUUUCCCAAGUGAGAAAUGCAGCAAGGACAUAAAAUCAGUUGGAAUUAGUAGUUGUUUAUUCAAAAGAGAAUGCAUAAAAAGGCAACAUUAUUAAAAAAAAAUCAUGCAUAGAUUAGUCCGGUCCCCGACCAGGAUUAUCAAAAUCAAGUUGCAAGGUUAGUAUGAAACAGGUGUGUGUUCCGAGAGUGGGCAAGCGGUGCUUGAUUAGCACAAAGGAUUUUACAUAUUUGCCAAUUCGUGGUCGAUUUGGCGAUCAAGGAAGGCUUUUUUGUCGCCCGUCAAUGUUGUCUGCAACCUUUGCUCAACAAGC